GGCAACGGCAUCAUCUGGUAAAUUACUUUUCUUUCGCCUGUAUACUCAGGCGGAAUCGCAAAAGAUGAGGGUGCUGCUACACACCGGUGCUGCUUCCACACAGCCACAUACACACUGGCGCAACGGUGGACUGUAUACAAUCUCGUCGGAAACGUGUUUUUGAGGCGUAUGAAGAGGCGCGCAGCAGGAGAGGACGGUUUGAUGGUCGCUUCGUCGUCGUCGUCGUCGUGUGAGAUAUAUGCCUGCUGUGCUCUAGCUGCUGGCGUUGGUGCGGUGUGUCCUACCUAUCGUACAUACAAUUUAGUAGCGACUGAAACGUCGCAGCGUAAACACGAGAUUACCGGUCUUCCACGAAAGGCACGUAGAAAAUCUUAGGUGUAGUGUCUCGGGUGUGAAUAUACAUAGAACACAACAGAUCCGUGGAAACCAAGGCGGUGCACUAGCGGUCUCGGGUACUAGGUGAAUACACCUCGAAUAAUCCGUUUCCGGUUAUUGAGUUGACUUGAUCCAGUCGAAGGUUCGCGACGCGUUAGACGUUAGAAUCCCAGUCAACCAGUCGAGGGAAGACGUGAAAGAGUUAACUGUGUAAAACAUUAGUUGAUUUAACAAAGAAUCGUACCUUUGCUGGUUUCUACACUUGAAACAAAGGAAUACAGAGUAAAAAAAAGUAGAAGCUCGAUGGUAUUUCAGUGGAAGUAGCUAGCAUGUAGAGGAAGAGCAGAAAUCCAACACACAAGUUGACAACGAAGUUUUGCCGUCUAAUGACAAAGUCCUGUUUAACACAACGAUAACAAAACAACGAAUAGGUGAUUUUCGACACGGUCCCAAAGUGUACAAUGAUUUUGUUGCACCACACGGAACGACAAACAGAAUAGACAGUCGAAGUGUGUGUUGUGGAAUAUCUAGUAACUACUUAGGAUAAAAUAUAACAAAAUGGAAUCUACCAGCAGUGAACCGCUGAACUUGGACCCUAGUGAAUGGUUUCGAUUUUAUUUAUGAUUGUGACAGGGAAACUGAUCGCAAGGUUGUCUGUUGUCUCGAUGACAAGACAGUAGCAGCCAGCCUUCCCCCGCUACAAACCCAUUGCCGGAAGGCAGCAGUGAAUUGUGAUUGACCUUCAGAAAAGCGGUUAUUUGUCUACUACAAUUAGUGCUAAGAAAGCAGUGAGAAAGCGACAAAAAAAAUUGCAAGAAUCUUGUGAAAGGUGCCAAAACGCAACUGGCAACGGCAUAGGGCAGCCCCUAGAAGAAGCAAAAAUAAGUGAUUCCAAAUGUUGUCUUGCCUGGUGCCGCCCCGUUUUGGACAAGAAGACAUCAUGCCAUCAUCGGCCAAGUACGCUCUACAAUUUCCACCACUGGCGUCAGGGCUUCCGAAAGACGAUGAAAGUAACACACCGCAAACUGAUUGCUACAUACAAUGUCCGCAUUGUCACUCGACUCUGCAGGGUUUUCAGGCACUGAAGGAACAUCUCGAAACUGUGCAUUCCAUGAUUAAACAAGAGCAUGACUCGGCAACACCAUCCCCGCCGCUGUCCGCCUUCUAUCAGCAAUCGUUCCAAUCAAUAGGUGCUUCCCUGCCAUCUCCACCGGUUUCUUCUUCUGCGCUGGACAGCAGCUGUAACGAGCCAACAUCGCUGGCGACGAAUGGCAGAAGUAGUAGUAGUAACAGUAACAGUAGUAACAUCAGCAGUAGCAGCCACAGCAGCAGCAGCAGCAGUAGUAGUAGUAGUAGCGGUAGUAGCAGCAGAAGUACCUCGGCAGGUGGUGGUCUCAGUGCCGCCACCGUUGCCGUAAUUGCUGGCGAAGAAGGUGGGCGGUCUAUUAGUCCAGCGAAUAGCAACAGCAGCAGUAUUGGUGGUAGAAGCAGUAUCGGAGUUGGCGGAGGUGUUCACGGCAUCGGCAGCAGCAACAACUGCGGAGAACCCUACGCAUGCUUACAAUGCUCCGCCUCAUUCCCAAAUCGUGACUUACUUGAGAAACAUGAGCUGAUGCACGUACCUAAUGCUCUGGUGAGCUGCAAAGUAUGCCACAAGCAGUUCGCCAACGUGUACCGGCUCCAGCGUCACAUGAUCUCCCACGACGAAUCGACACUACUUCGAAAAUUCAAAUGCACCGACUGUGAUAAGGCAUUCAAGUUCAAACAUCACCUGAAGGAACACGUUCGUAUACAUUCUGGGGAGAAGCCGUUCGCGUGUACAAACUGCGGCAAGCGUUUCUCGCACUCGGGUUCCUACUCGAGUCACAUGACCUCAAAGAAGUGUAUUAGCAUGGGACUCAAACUGAACAAUAAUAGUGCCACUGUUGCCAACAACAAUAACAAUAAUCAUAGUAACAACAACAAUGGCACAGUAGGCGGAAAAUCGGAAAAACAUAACCGCCGAUCCGGAUCGUAUUUGCCUGGAGGUAGUCCAGCAGCGGCUGGAUUAAGCAACGGUCAACUUUCGAACGGGCACAAUCCAAGCAGCAGCAACAGCAACGCAAAUGUCAACAAUUUUCUUCCCAUGCUACCGAAGUACCCGCCAAACUACGAAGCUAUGAACGCUGCUUUCCUAGCUUCCUUCCACAAUCCGUUCUAUCCGAUGGCCGCCCUAAACCCGAGCAAUCCAGCAUUCAGUCCCUAUAGUAUACAGCGUUUGCUGGAGCUCUCGGCAGCCGGUGCCGCAGGAUCAGCUCCCAAAGCGGAAUCGAUGGAGUCACUGCUUCUGAAAACCCAGCAACAACUGAACGCUGGCCUAAGUCAGGAUGUUCAACGGACUACUAAAUCUCCCAGUGCUCAUUCCGAUGCGGAAGAUAUGAUUGACGAAAUAGUAGAAGAUGGAACUGAGGAGGAAGAGCCCAAAUUAGUGAUGGAUGUUGAUGACGAUGAAUAUACUCACGAAGAGCUGCCGGAUGAGUCCGACAGGAAGGACAUCAAAGUGGACGAAGACGAUGACGAUGAAGACGAUGGGAACGAGAACACUGUUGCUUCUAGCAAUUUACAUUCGAUUCGGAAUUCACCUGAUGAAAGAGAAGAACGGCAACAAUCGCAAUUCCCGCAGAUGGCAGCACGUGACAACGAUUACCGGAAUAUUCUCGAUGAUAUGAAACAGAAAAUUCUCGAUGUUGCUCAUCGUAUGUCCGCUGGAGAUCAAAUCACUCACCGACCACCGAUCACAUCUGCCACCGUAGCAAACGAUCAGAUCAAGGUCGAACGUCCUGAAACCGCUUCCCCAGAGCUCAACAUUGACACGGACAAUCCGAGUCCGUGUAUGGUUAAUCCACCGUCGCCGGUGUUUGCAGUUAAGCAAGAAUCUAAAGAACCAACAGAGACUGAAAAGAACGCAAAAUGUGAGGCUCCAGUACUUCAGUGCCAACAAUGUAAAGCCACAUUCAACCACCAAGCGGAGUUAGUGCAGCAUGAGCAAGUCUUGUGUCAGUCUUUGAUGUUCCAUAACCAGAUGGCGGCAGCGGCGGCCGUAGCAGCGAAUAACUAUCUACCGAUGAACAGCGGCAGUGAAGACGAUGGUGAUUUCGACGGUUCCAAGUUGGCUUCCGAACGAAGUGGGAAAGUUCGUGUGCGCACAGCAAUUUCCGAGGAACAACAGAAUGAAUUGAAAAAAUAUUACGCUUUGAACAACAAACCCAAUAGGGAAGAGUUCCAGAUGAUUGCCAAAAGAGUCGGUAUGGAAGCACGGGUUGUGCAGGUGUGGUUCCAAAACAACCGAUCGCGAGAACGAAAAAUGGGUAAUCUGAUCAAUGUGCGACCUCCAGUAGCGACGGAAGCCGAAGGAUCUAUGCUCUAUCCUGCAGGAAUUCAAACGCUUGGACAGCCAGCUGAAGCCGAGCAACCGCUGGAUUUGUCGAUUAAGAAAGCAGACUCUAUUCCAUCAAAUUCUCCUCGCUAUGGAACAGCUCCAUUGACUCAACCGGACAGUGCAGCGCUACUAGACGAAGCAAUGAAUCUCAGCGUAAAAUCUUCCCGUAGCUCAACGCCAUACAAAGGAUUCUAUCCGUACAAUCAAUUUUCCACCGAAAUUCGGAUUCGUCAAACUCCCUCUCCAAACGAAGCAGCUGUUCAUCCACGUCAGCAACAGAUUCGACCACCGGCUAUUCCCAACUACCCGCCACUGACCCCAACGGCAAGUGGUUUCGCCGGAAUGGAUAGACUUCUGCAGCAAUUUUCACCGGAAAUUGCCCGAGCUCCGGUACGCGCCGAAAGUCUAAGUCCCGGAGCGGAAAAGCGAGCAUGGCGUGAUCUGGAGCAAUACGAAGCGGCCGUUAAGCUGCACAACCAGCAAACCCCCUACGACGAACAGAAGCUUCUCCAGAUGCAAUCGAUGCUGAACGUCCCGAAACGUGUGCUCUAUUCGACGGCAAACCAUGGUCCCAAAGAGCAACCGGAUGCCGAAGGACAGUACGUGUGCGAUCAGUGCGAUAAGGCAUUCAGCAAGCACAGCUCACUACAGCGGCAUAAAUAUGAACAUUCAGGGCAACGCCCGUAUAAGUGCGUGGAAUGUCCGAAGGCGUUCAAGCACAAGCACCAUCUGACGGAACACAAACGGCUGCACAGCGGCGAGAAACCCUUCCAAUGCUGUAAGUGUCUCAAGCGGUUCUCCCAUUCUGGCUCGUACAGCCAGCAUAUGAACCACCGAUACUCGUACUGCAAACCGUACAGGGAAGGUAAAUAAGAUGAGGACCAGGGACGGGAAGUUCCGUCCCCGGCCAUGAACGGUGUGUACUCGACGAUGGGCGUUCCAUCGGGCCUCGCGCAACAUCAGCUUCCACAGCAGCACCGACCUGGACGACGUGGACGUCGUGCCGGAUCAGUUGUUUCGUUAGGCUUUCCAGGGCCACCACCGCCACCUCCACCUCCACCGCCGCCUCCUGCGUUGGGUACUGGACCGCCAACUGUACCAUUUCCACCAGUAUCAUACUUUGAUCGGCGCCUACUUGUAGACAGUUAUCUAAACCCAAAUUUUCUAGGCUACGGAAGCGGGCUUGGUGGCGUGCACUGAACAAAGCUGUAUAUAUCUACUGUAAUAGCUCCACAGAAGAAUCCUUAUCAACAAGGUCUUCGAAUAGUUAGUGUUGAAUAUUGGUUAAUAAGAUUUUCGAGGUAUUUUUGGCGCGAUUCUCAGCAGAAGUCAACGAAUCAUCGUACUUAAAAUUUGAAAAUACGAAAACAAAACAAUCAGCAGUGAACUGAUCCCAGUUACAAUUAUUUCGUUAGUAUCAUGAACGACUAGGCGAUGUUUUGCGUCGAACGUUUUAGAGAAGCUGUGCAUUUAAUUCCUUUACCUAGCGUUUCUUAAAAGCAGAUCUGCACAAGAUCAGUUUUAUAAUUUAAAAAAAGAAGGAAAACUCUUAAGCAAGCAACUUGAAUCUCAUUCCCUUCGGUAAGGAUUUCGUGUAGCGUAUAAAACUUAAUCUGUUACAAUUUCCGGAUUACUUAUUUUUUAGUAACAUUUAAGUAAUGUAGUCAGUAAGCUGCAUCGCAUUAUAUUACACCGCAGCAGGUGUACUAGUAGUGCAUGCAACCUGUAAAAUACUCAAGUGAAUUCUGUUGCCAUACCAGAGAGCAAAAGGAAGUUAUUUUACAAAAUUCAAAUAAAACGCGUCAUCAAAGGCUGGGUCUAGCAAUUUUCGUUUGAUUAAUUUUAUUUUAUGUCUACGCAACCUACGCAACUAUCCCUAAGUGAACUAGUAGAAAACCAGACAAACAUAUACGCAUUUUGGACCACACGGUGUUAACAAGACAAUACAAUAAAGUAAAUUUAACCUUUAAAAUGUAUUAAUAAUUAAAUUUUCAAACUUUCCAGAACGCUAACACAAAGUAAACAUUCUUUCCCAAACUUUUUCUUCCAAAUUAUUAAUCGAUCCCUACUUCACAAUUCCUAAAUCUAAAAUUUCAUCCUAUAGCAACUUUCCUUCGACAAAUGCAAAAUUUAUGAAAAUCAUCGAGAAUUACAUCAAACUAUUGUAGAAAAUAGUUCAAAACUAGUCGGCAAAAGUCAGACUUCGAUCGACAUCACAUUAUGGUUUCAGAUAUGCUCACAAAUCAAAGCAGGUCUUGGCGCUGGCGAAAAUUAGGAAAAAACAACAACAACACGUUUGAACUUUUUUCAAGCAAGUGUAAAAAAAUACAAUGCAAAUUUAUUAUGUUUCUGUCAUACCGUAUGUUUGUAAAUAUGUGCGCAAAGAACAAACAACACAACAAGAGUAAUGUAAAGUAUCAUCUUAAGCUGUAUUAUACAUUUGUAAGGCGUAUUCGUCGUGAAAAGCUGGUUGAGAACAUGGAAAAUAAUACAUCGAGUUAUAUUGAAAUCUUUUUUACAAUGUGCAGACUACAAAAUUAAGAAAUAGCCUAACCGAGCGAACAACGAAACUGUUAAUUUAGCAAACGUAUUGCCCAAGGUUCGUCCCGUGCGGAAAACUGGCGGGUGUAAAACAAGUGUCUUUUAAAUUAACAUUAACUUGAAUUGCUAUUUUUAUUAUUACUACUAAAUACUAUUAUUGAACAUUAUUUAGUUAUUGAACUAUGACUUAAGAAAAGGCAAAAGAUGAAAACUCACAAAAUAUUAUAUUUAAAGAUAAUGUACUGUUAAAUAUUUCUACGAAUAAUCGUAAAAUUAAAAAAAAACUACUGUCAAAGCAAGAAAAAUAACAGAUAACCAUUCCAUUAAAAAAGAAGAUAGAUUCAAUGGAGCUGAUUGACGGAGAAAAACUCUCGAGCAAGAAAAUUUUUUCCGCGAGCCAAAAGUAUCGAACUACUUUAGACAAAUUACAAUACGCAUUCUUAUAGCUGUUGAAUGAAACAGCAACAGAAAGAAAUCUUGUUACCAGACAAUAAAUAUACAAAAUAAAUUCGAAACGACGAAAACGCGGCUUGGGUCAAAACUCCGACAAAAAAAUAUUGUGCAGCCAAGAUACGAACCUAACGCAAACGCUUAACAACGCGAGCCGUUUCACCGUGCAGCGAAACGUCCGACAGCACACCUGCUGUGCUGGUAGUGGUGGAAGUAUCAGUUAUUGUACCAAUCGUAGUUAGCUUUGCCUUAUUUAACAAGUUUGCUCAAGCGUUUAUCCAUGUUUUUUUACAACUGAAUAUCAGCUAAACCGGGUUUCCUAAACAACGAAUUUCUCCCGAACUUCAGCGCUCACUUUGAUGGAUGCUUCUUUUUAAGCAUGUUUUAAUUCAUUUCUACUGUAGUUAGUUAGACCUUAAGCAUCCAUACAUUUAAGUUUCAGCCGAGUAAAUUGUUUGUACAAAAAACAAAAACACAGUUUUCGGACCUAAAGCUAGCAAUCCAAAGAAAUUUUUAGUGCUCUUAAUAUGAUUUUGACCAUUGUUUUCAAAAUUCUCUGUACAGAAAAAUAAGAGCCUACUAGAAGGUAGAACCAAAGCCAAAAAUUCAACUGUAAUUCUAGUUUAGCCUAAGAUUUAUUUUGACUGUACAUGUAAUAUUUUUUUUAGUUCAUAGCAUCCCGUUGAAAACUUGUAUUAACUUUAUAAAGAGUUUUAUUAUUUCAUUCUUCCAAAGAUUAGUUCACUUACUAAUUAGUGUGCAAUUUGUGCCAAAAAAUAAGAGGAGGUAGCGUUUCCCAAAAUGAAAAGAAAAGAACUAUUAUUCUUGUGAAACUCAGAGUAAAACCAAACACGCCACUAGAAACAAGAACGGUAAAAUGCGGAAACGAAGCAACACAUUCAAGUUUUUCACGUGUUUUGCCAAUAUGACGGUAAAUGUAACUCUGAAGAAAGAGGAGACCGGAGAACAAAAAGUAUGUCCCUAAGUAUAUGAAAAAAUUAAAAAAUAUAUUAUAUAUAUACAAAUAUAAAAUAAUUAUGAAAA